CGAGGGGGAGGACAGUGAGGAAGGAAGGAGAGGAAGAAGGCAGUGUGUGAAGGCUGCUGUGGCUCAGACAUAAAGUAAGGCAACAAUCUGAAGCAGCAUGACUCUUUUCACAUUUGGACUUUAUCUGCAGCUCUGGCUUUCUUAUGGCCUAGCUCAGUCUCCAUUUCUGGACAGUUUCUUUUCAUUUCCUGCAGCUCUCGCAUCCCGGGAGCAGCGGAAAAGAUUCGACCCAUGCUGUUUACUGAGUCCACCUCCACCCCCGCUCUUUCCUCCACCCCCUUCAAUUUGGCGCAGCUACACACCAAAGGAAGAGAUUUCACAUCGUGGCAGUGAGUCUGACUUCGACUAUGAAGAAAAAGGCUCUGAUUGUGUCAGAGGCCUUCCUGAUCCCCCUAAAUAUCAGGGUCCGCCUGGAUUACCUGGAAUAAGAGGGCCUAAAGGAGAAAAGGGAGAAAUCGGAAGGCCUGGGCAAAAGGGUCGAACUGGGCCUCCUGGACUCCCAGGGAAGCCAGGACUACCCGGAUGGCCAGGACCAAGUGGGGCCAAAGGAGAAAAAGGUGACCCAGGGUUGAUGGGUCUGCCUGGAGGCAGGGGACCAAUUGGGCCAAGGGGUUUGCCCGGAUAUAAAGGAGAAAAGGGUUCACGAGGUGACCAUGGUGAGAGGGGAAUAAAGGGAGACAAGGGUGCCAUGGGCUUUCCAGGAAUGCUUGGACAGAAGGGUGAAAUGGGCCCCAAAGGAGAACCUGGAAACUCAGGUAACAGAGGACCCACAGGCCGACCAGGGAAGAGAGGCAAGCAGGGAGUGAAAGGAGACCCCGGGAGAAUUGGUCUUAUGGGACCCAUUGGCCCACAGGGACCUCCAGGCCACCCGGGUCCACCAGGUUUACCUGCCACAGGGCUCUACAUGGUUGGAGCAAAAGGUGCGCGUGGUCCACCCGGGCCUCCUGGAAGGUGUGGUUGUAGCUCUCUCAGCAAUUCUCCAUUCAAUGAUUAUCCUUCUACACCAAACUACCCCAAAGUACCUGUGAUAUUUGUGGUGAGCAACGAGGAGGAACUAGAGCGCCUUCAUACAGACAACGCUCUUGCAUUCCGAAAGGACCAGAGGUCUCUCUAUUUUAAAGACAUUGAUGGCUGGCUGCCAAUCCAGACUUUUCCAUUCCAGCUGUCACCUUUCCAGUCCAUGGAAAACGCACCUGAUGAUGAAGGGUACUGUGGGGAUGGGAUUGUGCAGCCCUCCAAUGGAGAGGAGUGUGACGAUGGAAACAGAGUGGUAACCGACCACUGCGUCAAGUGUAAACAUGCCUACUGUGGAGAUGGAUACCGCUUUGAAGGCGCUGAGGAGUGUGAUGGAAAAGAUUUCGGAUACCAGACGUGUAAUUCAUAUCUUCCAGGGUCGUACGGUUACCUCAGGUGUACACCAAACUGUGCACUUGACUCCACAAACUGCAAGUAUUUUACUUGAAGGCUGGACAGAGCAGCAGGAGCCUGGGUGUUGUUCACUUGUCACAACAGGAAUAUUUUGAACAAAAAAAAGCAAAAGAAUUACAUUGACCCAAGCACGAGACUCUAAAAAAGAAGGCACUCUAUAAUCUACAUUAAACGGACAAAAAAAUGUCAUAUAUUUACAUCCACCGGUAUAUAGACUCACAGUUCAUCCUUGCUUCUGCAGAGAGGCCUCUCCGGGUGAUAGUUGGCCUGUGAGGCUACAAAUGCCCACAAUGAAAAUAUUCUGUCUUAACAGGAUUUCAACUGGAUUUCUGGCCAUCCUGGACUGGUCCAGAAACUACGUUAUGCUAAGAGCUGAUUGGACAUGUUUUAGUGAGGAACCAGCGGGGUCAGGUGGAUUAAUCUUGUUCCAGUUGCUGCUUAGAAAAAAGGAGGCAGUUUGAAAUCCAAAGCAAUGGCCCCACCGCUGCAGUGUCUGUGAGGAUGCACAGCAUUUGCAUGAGGCUGAAACAACAAAGAUCAUGGUUUCACUUAUUACUGGUAACCUUCAUGCUGUCUUUUCUUCAUACCACAUCAAGGACUAUAAAUGUAAAUAGAUUAUAAUCUUCAGGCGAGACUGUUACUGUAGACCAGGAGGCCACGCUUGAUGGCUCACUGGUGCUAAAGCUUCAGAGGCGUCAAUAGUUUGUUACUCAGUCAGAGCAAAAUUCAAAUAUUUCUCAGGAAUUCAGUGAGCAACUUUUCCUUAAUAUCCUUCUGGACAAAUGAAAUGGCUGUGACUGUACACCCACCGAGGCACAUAGGAUGAGCUUUAACACGGACAAUGUGGAGCCCCAAAUAGUCACGUUUCCUCCCUGUGGCUCAAUCACAAAAGGAAAUGUGUGAAGGCUUGAAACUGUUAAUGCUCUUAAUUUUCACACAGCACAGGAUCGACCGGACUUGUCUGUAGCUGCUAGAGGGGAAGGAAUUCAAAUAUUCCAGCCUGUUCAUGGUCAUUACUGUAUAUACUCUAAUACCUCUUUUACCAGUCUUUCGGUCUUAUGCAGCGACAGAGUUAAGUAUCUUUAAAAUGUAGAUAUAGUCUGCUGAAAAUGACUGUGUGGACAUAAGCUGACAUUUUCCAUAAGCUACUGUAUGAGUCGCAGUUCCAAGUAGGACCUUUCUCCAACCCUACUCUGAUACCAUCGAAGGUUUGGGAAUUCAGAGAAAGAGAUUGUGAAUAAAUCACAUCCACGUGAAGAAAAGAAACUCGCUCUUCUGUUAUAUCCUCAUUGCAUUCAUCAGCAAAGCAGGUGUCUUAAGCGCUCCGUUCAAAGUGUAGCUACAUACUGUGAGACAAACCAUGUAGAGAUAAUAAUGUGCCAUGCACAAAGCUGAGUUAAUAAACCAUGCAGGAUUUCUUUUUUCCUCAUUUGUGCUGUUCUGCUUCGAUACUGUGUAUGCACAACAGUGCUAAACUCUGCAUGUGGUAAUGUACUGUACUGUUAUUCUGAUAUGAUUUUUACACUAGCUGUGGAAAGUUCAGAUUACAAUAAAGUCAAUUGUAAAACUGGAAA